UAGUACCAGGAUGGGGCAAGAGGGCAGCUGGGCUAUUUAUGAAUCAUACGGGCUUGACCUUUAGCGCGUAAUGUGCUGUCAGAGCCUUAUCCUUUAAAAAAGGCUGAGAUGUUUUUGUGUGGGGGGAAAAACCAAAACACUGGUUUAUCAUCUAAAGUAACCAUUUUUAUGCCCAAGAGCUAUUCAAUCUGUUUUCCUGUACAAACGCAUAUGUCUUAAAUUAACUCUGUCUAUAAGUAUCAUAUGUUAUAAAAUUUGGGAUUUCUUUUAAAUUGGAAAAGCACUUAUUAAAUGGUUUUCUCUCUCACACACACACACACACACACAAACACACACACACACUCUUUAAUGAAACAAAAUCCUGAGUGACUUGACACCUUUUAACUAACCUUGGUGGGAUUUAAGUUAGCACACAGUUCUAUUUUAGGGAGUAUAAAUGCCUUUGGAUUAUAAUGACUUGCUCAUCUUUUUCAUUGACCUGGGGUGGCUGUUGGGUGGUGAAAGGUACUCAGUUCGGAAAUGGAAGAGUCUUGGAAUGAAAUGUGAAAUGUGAAUCUAAAUGGCUAACACUGAUAUGAGCGUAAAGCGGUUCAUCUCCCCGAGAAGUGGGAGCGUGUACAUUAUCCUGAGAUGCCCUUCGUUCACCAGCUGUUUAUCGACCAUUUGUUGUGUUCCGGGCUCUGAGCUAGGCUGCGGGGAUAGCAGAAUAAAUCAAACAUGGUCCCUGCCCGUGAGGAUCCUUAAGCCUGUGGGGAAGAGGGACGUCUUGACAGACAGUUGGGAGACUGUCUGGGAAGGGCUUCUGGGACUAACCCUGAAGAUGUAGACUCUUCUUGGGGGAGAGGGGGCGGUUAGCUUUGUUGGAGCAGCCAUCCUGGUGCAGGGUCUUGGGGAGAGUGUUGAGGUUUGUCAGAUGGAGGAGGCCCCAGCCAGGCCUCUGAAGGCAAGGCAUCGUGGAAGGGCCUAGCUGCCCUAAAGGUGGUGGGGUGACACCGGAAAGGCAGACGCAGGUCAGAUUAUGUUAGGGUUACCCUCCAGGUAAUAGGGAGCCGUCGAAUGUCAUUUAGCAGAGGAGUCUCCUGCUUAGGGUUGUAUUUUUAAAAAUAAGUGGUGGCAGUGUGGAGGCUCAGUUAAGGCGGGGGAGAGAAAACGAGGGUGCUCUGUGACACAUGAGGGCCUGAGUUGAGGCAGUGACUGUGAGGGUGCAAAGGGGGGCUGCUUUGUGAUGCUGAAGUCAGAGCUGGCUGGAUUAGAGGCUUGGGUGAUGCAGAGGAGAAAUUAAGGGUCAGCUGAUUUUUCCAGUUUGAUGAUGCCAUUUUCCUGAAAGGGUGGUGGUGGUACAGGAGGAGGAAGGCAAGAUGGAUGAGUAUGGUUUGGAAGAGGCUGAAUUCGUAGCCUCCUGUGAGGCAUGAAUUUAUUUGGAAACAUAUGCUGUGAAAUAUUUGAUCCACUUGUUAGGUGGAUCAACAAGGGGAUCAAAUAUUUGGGAAAUUUUCAGACUGUUACUUAAGAUGAAGAAAGAAGACAUCGUCUGGAGGAGUUUUAAGGAUGUAAAGGAAAGUGCACUCAACUGGGCAUUGAGAUUUAAAUUCUGUCCCUGGUUCUUCGAUGUGUGUCAUGGUGUGAGCCACUUCACCCCAUCACGGGGUAGACUGACAUCUCCCUCUAAGACCCCUUCCGUCUCUGAACAGGCGGUUCAGUAUUUGUUAACAGUGACAGGAUCUGAAAAAUAACCCAAGCCUCUUUAUUAAUAGAUUUUGGUGUGACAGCUUCCUGUUUGAUGCUGUGUUUCCAGCCAGGGUUCCUUCUUGUGAAUCAGACAAGGUGCUUUCCAGGUCUAAGAGCCACGGGGUCUGUCCCUCAGUCAACCCCGCACCUCUCAUGAGCUCCGCCCUGUGUUUCAGAUCACUGAAGUGGCCUUGGAGUACAACAACUGUCAUGGGGACCAGGUGGUGGAGCGGCUCCUUCAGCACCUGCGGCGAGUGGAUGCCCCAGUGUUCAAGUCUCUGGCACCUGAGCCCCCAGCCCAGCUGCCGGACCCACCGCUGAUAACGGAGUCCCCCUGCUGCAACACCGUGGUGCUGCCCCAGUGGCACUCCAUCUCCAGGACCCACAACGUGUGUGAACUGUGUGUCAACCAGACCGCCGGCGGCCUCAGGCCAAGCUCGGUCAGCAUGCCCCAGUGCAGCUUUUUCGAGAUGGCAGCAGCUCUGGAUUCUUUCUACCUCAAGGAGCAGACCUUUUAUCAUGUGGCAUCAGACAGCAUAGAAUGCAGGAAUUUUCUAAGUUUCUAUAGCCCUUUCAGCUACUACACUGCAUGUUGCAGGACCAUAAACAGGGGCGUGACAGGCUUCAUUGAUUCUGAACAAGAUGUCUUUGAAACCCCAACCAUUGCAUUUUCUUCCCUUGAGAAGAAAUGUGAGGUUGAUACCCCCAGCUCCGUUCCUCACAUUGAGGAGAACAGGUAUCUCUUUCCUGAACUGGAUGUGGAUAGCACAGGCUUCAUAGGCCUGAGCUGCAGAACCAACAAGACCCUGAACAUCUACCUUUUGGAUUCCAAUUUAUUUUGGUUGUAUGCAGAGAGGCUGGGUGCUCCAAGCGCUGCUCGGGUGAAAGGAUUUGCUGCAAUUGUUGACGUGAAAGAAGAGUCUCACUAUGUCUUGGAUCCAAAACAAGCUCUUAUGAAGUUCACCCUAGAGUCUUUCAUUCAAAACUUCAGCGUUCUCUACAGUCCCUUGAAAAGGCAUCUUAUUGGAAGUGACUCUGCCCAGUUCCCAUCUCAGCGUUUAAUCACUGAAGUGACAACUGAUACCUUUUGGGAAGUAGUCCUUCAAAAACAGGAUGUGUUGCUGCUUUAUUAUGCACAGUGGUGCGGCUUCUGUCCAGCCCUCAAUCAUGUCUUUAUCCAGCUAGCUCGGCUCCUGCCCGCGGAUACAUUCACUGUGGCGAGGAUUGAUGUAUCUCAGAAUGAUCUUCCUUGGGAAUUUAUGGUUGACCGUCUUCCUACUGUCUUAUUUUUUCCCUGUAACAGAAAGGACCUAAGCGUGAAAUACCCCGAAGACCUUCCCAUCACCCUUCCAAAUCUGCUGAGGUUCAUUUUGCAUCACUCAGACCCUGCUUCUGCCCCCCAGAACUUGGUUAACCCUCCUACCAAAGAGUGUCUUCAGAGAGAGGCCGUCCUGCAGCAGGGGCACAUCUCCCAUCUGGAGAGAGACAUCCAGAAGCUGAGGGCGGAGAUCAGCGCCCUACAGCAGGUGCAGGGGCAGGUGGAGGCCCGGCUCUCGAGCACACGUAGGGAUAAGCAGCAGCUGCGGCGGCAGCAGCACACGCUGGAGAGGCAGCACAGCCUGCUCCAGCUGCACAGCGAGCAGCUGCAGGCCCUCUACGAGCAGAAAACCCGGGAGCUUGAGGAGGUGGCCCGCAAGCUCCAGGAGCUGGCCGAUGCCUCGGAGAACCUCCUCACCGAGAGCACGUGGCUCAAGAUCCUGGUGGCCACCAUGGAGCAGAGACUGGAGGGCAGGGACGGGGCCGAAGACCGUGCUCCCCUGGACGAGGUGCGAUCGGACUACCACAAGCCCUCGGGCGCCCCCCGGCUAGCAGCCAGCACCCCUCCGCCUUCCAACGUCAGCUCCACGCUGGCCUCCGAAAGGAGCACGGAGAACAGGACAGAAUAACUCUGAAAAUGACACGAAGAAAUCAGAGGUGAAGACUGUACAUUGCGAAUAUAUUUAUGCAAAUUUUAUUGAAAUUUAUUGUAAAUAAAGAUUUUCUCAGUGGUCUAGAAAA